AUGUCCGACCCUCAGGGCGGGCCUGGGGGAGCGCCUGGGGGCGCUCCCCAGCAGCAGCGCGGCGCGGGGGCUCCUUCGCUGCCGCCUGCUCAGCAGCAGCAGCAGCAGCAGCAGCAGCAGCAGGCGAGCAGCAGCAGCAGCAGCAGCAGAGACAACAAAAGAAGCAGCAGCAGACAACCCCACAAGUCGUAUGAUAUGGGCCAAGUGCUGGGCAAUGGCUCUUUCGGAGUUGUCACUGAGGCGCGCUGUCUCGAGACUGGCGAGCUGGUGGCCAUCAAGAAAGUGCUGCAGGACCCGCGUUACAAGAACCGGGAGCUGGACAUAAUGAAGGAGCUGCACCACCCGAACAUCGUGCGGCUGCUGGACUACUUUUACACGGAGGUGGAGGAAGACAGCAGCAGCAGCAGCAGCAGCAGCAGCAGCAGCAGCAGCAGCAGGUUUUUGAACGUGGUGAUGGAGUUCGUGCCCGAAACUGUCUACAGAGUCCUCAAGACCUUCGUCCGCAGCAGCAAUCCCCUCCCCUUUCUCUUAGUCAAACUCUACACUUAUCAAAUCUGCAGGUCUUUGGGUUAUUUGCAUGCACUUGGCAUUUGCCACAGAGACGUCAAGCCCCAAAACUUGCUGGUGGACUACAGAACCCAUGUCCUCAAGCUCUGCGACUUCGGAUCCGCCAAGAGACUCGUCCCCGCUGCUGCUGCUGCUGCUGCUGCCGCUGCUGCUGCUGCUGCUGCUGUUGCUGCUGCUGCUGCUGCUGCUGCUGCUGCUGCUGCUGCAGGACUGCCGGGGGGCGGCGCGCUGCCGGAGUUGUUUAGUUUUUUGCCAAUUGAACUCGAAAGCAUGUCUCCAGGGACGAGGGAAAAGUGUUUAGCUGCUGCAGCAACGAAGCAGCGGCCUGCGUAG